GUCUCUGCACCAAAACUACAGCCAAUAUGUCGCAUUUCUUCCUUCCGACCUGAAAAAAGGAUUUCGCUUACAAGCAACAAGACGAACAAAAUUUGACCACAAGCUUCAUGUGAUAAUCGUCGACAUCUCACGUUUGUUUGAUUUCAAAUAUGUUGGUUCUUAGCGAGUCCUCUCUUCGAGACCAAACGUAUGCCAGGCAAAGAUACCGCCCCUGCAUCCUCUUAACGACCCGACCCCUCGCAUAAAACGGCCCCGAGAGCGAGCUUCGUAGUAGCUCUCCCCAAAACAACCCCCCUCUAAAAAAAAAAAAAAAAAAUGCCCGGCCUACCGGCUUCAGUCGAUCUGGACGAGUGCAUCUCACGCUUAUACAAGAAGGAACUGCUCGCAGAAUCCGUCAUUGAAGCAAUAUGUGCCAAAACCAAAGAGCUGCUCAUGCGCGAGAGCAAUGUCGUCCACGUCCGUGCCCCCGUAACCGUCGUCGGAGACAUACACGGCCAGUUCUUCGAUCUGAUUGAGAUAUUCAAGAUCGGUGGCUGGUGCCCUGAUACAAACUACCUCUUUUUGGGCGACUAUGUCGAUCGCGGCAUGUUCAGCGUCGAGACCAUAUCCCUUCUUGUUUGUUUAAAGCUUAGAUACCCGAACCGCGUCCACCUGAUCCGAGGGAAUCACGAGUCGCGCGGCGUCACACAGUCAUAUGGCUUCUAUACUGAAUGCUCGAGAAAAUACGGCAAUGCCAAUGUUUGGCAUCAUUUUACCGACAUGUUUGAUUUCCUCACGCUCAGCGUUGUGAUAAACGACCAGAUAUUCUGUGUCCACGGAGGCCUUUCCCCUUCUAUUCAUUCUAUCGACCAGAUCAAGAUCAUCGACCGUUUCCGCGAAAUACCACACGAGGGUCCCAUGGCCGACCUUGUGUGGUCUGAUCCAGACCCGGAGCGCGACGAGUUUAGUCUCUCGCCGCGUGGUGCCGGCUACACCUUUGGCGCGCAAGUUGUCAAGAAGUUCUUGGCCGUCAACGGCAUGUCGCACAUCCUGCGUGCCCACCAGCUUUGUCAGGAGGGCUACCAGGUGCUUUACGAUGACCGCUUGAGCACCGUCUGGAGCGCACCGAAUUACUGUUACCGAUGCGGGAAUAUGGCUAGUGUACUCGAGGUCAGCGACACGGGCGAGCGCUUCUUCAACGUCUUUGCUGCGGCGCCCGAAAAUGACCAGCACAAGGACAUACAACCGGGUGGCGAGAAGGCGGCCGAUUCGAAUGCACUCCCGGACUACUUUUUGUAACACGGAGAGUUGGUUCUGGAGCUGAAGGAACAGAUAAUACCCAAAGCUCGAUGAAGAGAGUGUGCAAAGAAACGUGUCUUUACAAACUCUCCCGGCAGCUAUGUCCAGAUACAGCAUGUAUAUAGCUGGACCCAGCCUAACCGAUGGAAUCUUGUGCGGUUCCUUGUGCCAGCGUGCCAGAAUGCUAGAUGGCUGUGUGGCAUGUUGUGAGUACUUAAUGACUGUUGGCACGAUACAGCCAUCAUGAGAUAGAACAGACUUAAUAUACCACUGGAGUGGCUCCACGGACACCUCAGUGGGUUCAACAAGCAAAGCAAUC